GCAAUGCUAACAUCCAACAGUACUUGAUGCUACUCGGCUAAAUGCUUUCGGAUUAACUCUUCUACUACACAAGUGGUUUUGUUUCGUUUAUAACACUUGUCGGCAGAAGUAAAGCAAGUCGCCAUCUUCCGUAUUCUGUCUCGCUUCGUUCUCGGAGACGUUAGUUGGCUAAAGCGUUCGAAUGGAAAUGUCUACAAUCCAGAGUUUAAGACAGUUGAUCAACGAGAGGUUACACACUGCUGCUGAAGACAUAUUUGUAUGUUUUGAAGCGACUGUCGCAAAGUACGAGGAUGAGAUCGGUCGUCAGCGCAGACUGCUGGAUGUAACUUUGAAACCUGUAGUAAAGCUAAAGAUAAUAGAGCAGCUUGUACUGAAGCAGGAGGAUCAAGAUAACCUUUUGUUGAAUCCAACUCUCAAAGAAAGUGACCACAGUGAACCAGAACCAAGUGACCACCAGCUCCUCUCCCACAGCUCAGCUCAGAGCCAAGAUCUCAACGGAGGCCAGCAUGGAAACUCAAAAUCAGUUAGUAAUGCAGAGCAGGCAUCAGAAAAGGGACAUCAUGUCAUCACAAGAGCAAAAGGGAGCACAAGUCCCAGUAACCUUGCAUGUAGCACUACCAUGUCAAAGAUUGUGCCGAAUAUCUGUAAGAGUAAAAAGGUUUUCCAGUGUGACACUUGUGGAAAAGUCUUUAAGUUGAAGUCAUUAUUAAAUAGACAUCUGAAUGUGCACACAGGUGAGGAAUCAUAUCUUUGCAAAACCUGUGGAAAAAGAUUUGGGUACAAGUCAGCACUAAAAACACAUUUGAGACUCCACACAGGGGAGAAACUUUAUUCUUGCGAAAUGUGUGAAAAAGGUUUCACAACUAGCACAAGUUUGAAGAUCCACGAGAGAACGCACACGGGCGAGAAACCUUUUUCUUGCAAUACUUGUGGGAAAAGUUUUAGCUUGAGAACUAGCCUGCAGGGACACGAGAGAACGCACACUGGUGAGAGACCUUUUUCUUUCAAAACUUGUGGGAGAAGUUUUAGUGCGAGACAAACCCUGCAGGUCCACCAGAGAACACACAUGGGCGAGAAGCCUUUUUCUUGCAAAACUUGUGGGAAAAGUUUUCGUGCGAGUCAAACCCUGCAGGAUCACGAGAGAACACACACGGGCGAGAAGCCUUUUUCUUGCAAAACUUGUGGGAGAAGUUUUAGCCAGAGAUCUACCCUGCAGGAUCACGAGAGAACGCACACGGGCGAGAAACCUUUUUCUUGCAAAAGUUGUGGGAAAAGUUUUACACGUGGAUGUAGCUUGAAAGUUCACAUGAGAAGCCAUAAAGGUGAGGAGUCGUAUCCAUGUACAACUUGUGGGGAAAGAUUUGUUAUCAAAUCCCUUCUAACCAAACAUUUGAUGACCCACACAUAGCAAAACUGAUAUUUUUGUAAAAUAUUGUAAAGAUCUCUCAAUUGCCAGUUUAUACAAAGUCCACAGGAGAAUACAUCCAGUUGAGAAGCCACACCAUGGCAACAGGAGAGGGAUAAUAUUUGCUCAAGCAUUGUCAAAGAAGUUGUUACUUAGACAUUGAUUCAUGAAUUAGUGAUACAACAGUUAGGGAAAACAACACUGAAAAUGUUUACAGGAGAUCAAACAAGAGAUGAACCUUGUUGUAGUUCAAUUCUUUAUGAAGUUCCAUCACCACUGACGAGUAGCAGACUUCAAUAACUUCACAAAGCAAUGAACUACAGCCAGGUUCAUCACUUACAUCUACACAAGAGUUAUUGUGUACAUUUGCAUUAGCUGCAUCUCUGUAACUGAAUGUGGAAAAUAUCCCAUUGAGGAGACAUCACAAUAUCAUUGAUGCAGUACAUGGUCAACAACAUUUGCUGAAGUACCCACGUUUCUGUUCUUGAUGUGACUGUCAUUGAUACAUCUGCAAAGGAAGUGAUGUUUUCACCCAUGUAUCUUUGUUUAUUAAUUUAUCAGCCAUUUAUACCAGAUGGUGCAGGAAGGGGAUGGGGGUGAGAGCAAUUGAUUGGGUAAAGUAGCAGAUCCAGGAUAUUUUAUUAUCAGUGAAUGUUGAGAGAUGUUGUCAAUGUGUCAGGAAAGACUGUGGAUCAAGAUGUAAAAAUCUAACAUAUUUGUGGUACAGAAAUUUAUAAGAACAAAGUAUGUGGUGCAGAAUAUCAGAUGACUUCCCUUUUCUUUUUCCUAUUACAAAAGAAGAAAAUAUGUUGUUAAUGUGUACACUGUCCUAAAUGACUCACUGUAAAUGGUUAUUCUUUUGUACUACGUGUAUUCAAUACUUCAGUGCAUUUGCAGUUUAUUAAAGUUUCUUGAAUUAUUGUGAUUGUAGUUUACGUCUGUCACACGUUGAAUUGGUGUUUGUCUUUGUGCAGGAAAAUUCCCCUGACUAGGUGUCUCCCUGCUAUGACCUUGAUAAACAGGAUGGAACCCUUAUUUGGUGAUGUUUUUCUUCCAACUGGUACCGUGGACGGACGGACACAGCAGAUAACACACAGAGGAUGAUCUCCUGUCUUUCAAUUAUUUAUUUUUUUCAUAUCCUUUCUCAUGAAAUGCGUCUUUGUAUAAGUUCGGGCUUUUGAGAACUUGCAGCCAGUUGUUCCAUUUUGAGCACCCGUGCUUGUUGUAUAAACUCUGCAGAGCUUAUUAUUAUAAAAUUAUCGAAAGCAA